AUGGAUCCUUGUAACGUCAAGAUUCCCGCAUUGAUGGAUUUGACGGACGAGAAUAUCACGGCAAACACUGUUAUCGUAAACUCACAGGGCCCAGAUGCACGCUUGCAAUAUCUUAUGGAGCGGCUGGUGACGCACUUGCACGAUUUUGCUAGGGAAACACAGUUAACGACGGACGAGUGGAUGAAGGCACUAGCCUUCUUAAAAGACGCAGGCCAGAUUUCCUCUGAUACCCGUCAGGUAGUUUCCCCUCCCCACCCGCUCUCUCCCAAUUUCAAGUGAGUAACGACGAAAUAGGAGUUCAUUCUCCUAUCAGACGUCCUCGGCCUCUCAAGCCUCGUGGAGUCAAUCAACAGCCCCAAGCCCGCCAACGCAACGGAGGGCAGCGUCCUUGGCCCAUUUCACACCAACAACGCACAAUUCACCGAGAAUGGGGAUUCAAUCGCGAGCCCGGACAAAGGGGAGCCUUGUCUCGUUCGCUGCACGCUAGAGGACACAUCCGGCCACCCAAUCCCUGAUGCCACCAUCAACGUGUGGGAAGCUGACAAUACGGGGCGGUACGACACCCAGUACGAGGGCGAGACAGGCCCGGAUUGUAGGGGUAUCUUGAAGAGCAAUAAGGAUGGGGAGUUCUGGUUCAAGUGCGUGAAGCCGGUCCCGUAUCCGAUUCCGCACGAUGGGCCAGUGGGAAAACUUCUUGGGACUCUGAGGAGACAUCCGUUCCGCCCCGCGCACUUGCAUUUCAUGAUUGAGAGGGAGGGGUUCAAUCCGCUUAUAACGCACCUCCCUCCAUUCCUCCCCCUCCUCUUUCUGGCCAAUCAACGUGUCAACUAACUAUGGGAAAGUGCACUCUACCUCCGUGGCGACCCCUACGAAACCUCCGACGCAGUAUUCGGAGUAAAAUCUUCCCUAUUAGUCACCCCGCAUAAAGUCCAGGACCCAGACAUUGCAGAAAGAUACAGCGUCAGUGUUGACGACUGGGACAUACAGUGGGGUUUUGUACUCGUUGGUGAGGCCGAAGGGAGGCAAUCGAAAGAGUGAUCCCUUGUGCACAGUAAGGAUUGCAUAGGUAUGGUUCCAGACGGGACAAAGCCCACCCUUGAAGCCAACUUGGUACAAAAUUUCUAAAUCGGUAAUAGCCGUAAUAGCCUCUUCUUUAGAAAAUUAGUGUGGUUUCCUCCAGCACAACACUUUAAAUGAUAAAUUUGAUCCAUGUUCUUUCCGCUCUCACCUAAAGUCGUACGGGAAGUCGAUGUCGUGGUUGGUGUUGAAACCGGGGGUUAGGGAUGUUGAAUAUUUUAUUAAACAGUCCAUCAUGAGUGCUGAUAAUUUGGUAUUUAGUAAGUUGUGCCCUGGUUUUCCAAGGUUUUCGGUGACGGGCGCCAUUGUACGAGUACUCGAGUAUCAUAGGUGCGAAGCACUGUGCAAGUACCAUACCAACACUAAUACAAAGAUUUUGUACGGUAUGGCAUCAUAAAUUGAUUGCGGGAGCCUGAGUGCCCACACCGGUA